CACUAAACCUUGUGCUAAUUGUACUGUAUGAGAAACUAAGAUCAAAGAACGACCCGUCUCAGAGCUCAUGUUUCCCCUCCUGUGGGCGGGGGUCUCCCUGGACGUCAGGACAGCAGCAGCACCUCCGCCCUGUGCACGCUGCCCUCAGUUGUCCAUGCUUCUCCAGAAAGCGUGCACGUGCUGCAGAUGAAACUUGAAGAAGCUGCAAAGACUUUGGAGUAAAACUAUUUUCAUCGAGGCUCAGCGGACGGAUCUGAACUCACCGGGACUAAACAUGAACACCAUGAAGGUGUUGGCUCUGACCCUCCUCAUCACUUUGAUGCACAGUCCUCUCUUUCUGUCAGUGACGGUCAGCAGCAGCAAACCCAAAGUGGAGGUCCACGAACACACAGAUGCUGUGCUGGCCUGUGAGUUCAGGACGGAGAAAGAUCAGAACCCCAGAAUCGAGUGGAAGAAAAAGGGAAUGGGGGUGACGUUUGUGUAUUUUAAUCACAAAUUCACUGGCCAGUAUGCCAACAGGGCGAAGAUGGAGGGGGCGACGCUGACCUUUCACUCGGUCUCUCAGAAAGACUCGGGGGAGUAUCGCUGCGAGGUGACGGCCAGCGAGGACCACGUGAGCCUGGGAGAAGCUACUGUGACGCUCAAUGUGCUCGUGCCUCCUCACGUCCCGUCCUGCGAGGUGCCCAGCUCGGUGUUCGUGGGCUCCGGGCUGGAGCUUCAGUGUAAAGACAAACUCAGCGUUCCCCCGGCCACUUACCGCUGGUACAAAGACAACAAGGCCCUGACCCCCUCAGCAGAGACGCAGUACAGCGCCGACACCAGCAAGGGCACACUUGAGUUUACGAGUGUGACCAAAAUAGACACGGGGAUGUACCGCUGUGAGUCCUCCAACAGCGUGGGAGCGCCCAAGAGCUGCGUGGCCAAACAACUCAAAGUCAUUGAUUAUCCUUUGAAUAUGACGGUUUUGAUAGCAGGUGCUGCAGCUUUCCUGGCGCUCGUCCUCUUCUGCUGCAUCUGUGUGUGUGUCUGCAGGCGCCGAGGCUGCUGCAAGAAGAGAAGAAAAUGA